CCGAGUCACCCGAGAUUAGUGGUGGAUAUCAUUCGCAAAUCGCCAUCAAACCAAGUGAAGCAAGAUGCGGCGUGGUGGAUAUGGGGACGAUGAUGAUGACGGGGUUGGCGCAACUGGAUUGCCUAUUGGAUUCUCGGCCUCACAAACAACUUUGGUUAUGUGAUUAUGUUGAGCGGUGCGCAUGACAUCUUGAAGAAGCUGGACCCCAAUUUGGGGACGGGGGCCGUGCUGCUGGCGGACAUCUUGCCCACGCUGCUGAUCAAGUCCACUGGGCCCAUGUUCUUGUUCCGGUUCUCCUACUCGGUCCGCAUUGUCACCUGCAUCAUCGCAGCUCUCGUCAGCUUUCUUCUCGUUGCGUUUUCGACGACGGUGGCCAUGGCGCUUGCCGGCGUAGUGUUUGCCAGCAUCAGCGCGGGCCUGGGCGAAAUUACCUUUCUCAGCAUGACCGCCUGCUACCACAAGAGUGUCAUCUCUGCGUGGUCGAGCGGUACUGGCGGUGCCGGUGUUGUCGGCGCGCUGGCGUAUCUUGGGCUGACAGAGGUGGUGUCACCGUCGCAGGCACAACUCGUCAUGACGUGCAUCCCCGCCCUCAUGGCAAUCAGCUACUUUGCGAUGCUGACGCACCGCCCCAAGUCGCUGAUUGGUCCAGCCGGCGCUACGCCCACCGGUGAUCCGUACACCUUCAAGCAGAAGCUUGCGAUGACAAAACGGCUGGUUGUUCCGUUUAUGCUGCCGCUGUUUGUGGUGUAUUGGUCCGAGUACAUGAUCAACCAGGGAAUCUUCGAGAAUAUGCUCUGGCCCCACCAGCACAUCUCAACAGAUGCGCAGUACCGUCUGUACCAGCUGCUGUAUCAGAUUGGUGUGUUUCUCUCCCGCAGCAGUCUUGCGAUCUUUGCCCUCUCAAGCGUGUGGAUCCCCGCUGUUGUUCAGAUGGCCAACUUUGCCGUGCUGUUUGUUGAGGCGCGUGUGCAUUUCUUCCCCGGCAUUUGGCUCACGUGCAUCUGGAUCAUCUUCGAGGGUCUUCUCGGCGGUCUCGUAUACGUGAACGCGUUUGCGCUGAUUUCGAAGCGGACGAAACCAGAGCACCGCGAGUUCUCCAUGUCCAUCGCCAGCGUCGCAGACUCCUGCGGCAUUGCCCUCGCCGGCGCGUGUUCUCUGGCCAUCAAUGCGUAUCUGCGACACCACCAGCGCACGUGACGCACACACUCACACACACACUCUCGCACUGCUGCAAUGCAAUACUCGCAUCCCACCCUCUUGUCUUUCUCGUCUCCUGUGUUGGUGCCUCCUUCCUUGACUUGCUUGUUGAUAUGUAGUUACAUUAACAGUAAACGCACUCUUUUGACACA